AUGGCCCAGCGUGUGUCUGUAGCUGAUGGCGCCCGCAAGAAGACCUCCAGGGUGAUGGUCUCAGUUCGUCUGCGUCCGUUUAUGAACAAACAAGAUGAGAAAGGCGAGGGACCUUGUGUGAGAGGCUUGGACUCACAGAACCUGGAGAUUGUUAACUGGAGAAAUGCUACAGAAACGCUCAAAUACCACUUCGAUGUUUUCCACGGUGAGCAAACAACACAGCAAGAAGUGUUCCUGACAUCCGUGAAGCCCAUUUUACCACAUAUAACCAGGGGUCAAAAUGCAAGUGUGUUUGCAUAUGGGCCAACAGGAGCUGGCAAGACGCACACAAUGUUGGGCAGUUCAGAGCAGCCUGGCGUGAUUCCUCGUGCUCUCGGCGAAGUUUUCAAUCUGGUCAAUGCUCAGAAGGAAGACGAGGGUUGGGACUACUCCAUUGGAAUGUCGUAUUUGGAAAUUUACAAUGAGAAGGUACUGGAUCUAUUAUCGCCAAAUUCCCAAGAUUUGCCCAUCCGUGAAGACAAAGACAAGAACAUUCUGAUACCGGGCCUCACGCACACAACAAUAACGUCGUUUUCCGACUUCGAGCGCCAUUUUGUGCCAGCUAGCCUCAAUCGCACGACGGCCUCGACCAAACUCAACCAGCGCUCCAGUCGAAGUCACGCUAUCCUCCUCGUAAAGGUGGUACGCACUCAGCGCUGCCUACCGCGCCGCCAACAAACGGGUAAACUCUACCUGGUGGACCUGGCCGGCUCGGAGGACAACCGUCGCACGGGCAACCAGGGCAUCCGCCUGAAAGAAAGCGGCGCCAUCAACCUGUCGCUCUUCACGCUCAGCAAAGUGGUGGACUCGCUUCGGUCAGGCGCGUCGGUGCGCGUGCCUUACCGGGACAGCAAACUGACGCGCCUGCUCCAGGACUCCCUCGGGGGAUCGGCGCACUCGCUCAUGAUCGUCAACAUCGCGCCAGAGUACGAGUACUGCUACGAUACGGUCGGCGCGCUCAACUUCGCGGCGAAAUCCAAGCUGAUUAUCAACAAGCCUUUCACUCAGGAAACUAUAGCCGUGCUGCCAGUGAAACGGGCCAGAGAGGAGCACGAGGCGGGGCAGUCUGGCACGGAGCCUCACAAGAAGAAGCAGAAGGACGAGAAGAAGCCGGAGCCUCACAGCCUGCCACAACCAUCGCUCAUAGAUAGGCUGCUAGCGCUGGAAAAGCGGGUGAUGCUCUGCGAGGGUAAAGAAAGAGCUGGUGCUCAGAAGGCGAUCCAGGAGCUAAAAGAGGAGCACAAGGCCAAUUUGGCCAAGAAGUCCAGGAACAGCGUGGCGCCUUUGCAGCCAAGGCAGGUCAACGUUUCAAAAGGAAAGGCACAGCAGGUCAUGGUGCAACCGCUACUGGAUCACACUAAUGCGUCCCGGCAGCUCGUCGUCAGGAAGCAGUCUGUGUGUGUCAAGAAGGAAACAACGGCCAUACUUCCGGACGGCAAAGAGAACCAAGUGAUGAACAGUUGGGAGUCCCAGCUGGACCGGAAUCUUCUGGAACAAUCCAGGCAGAAGAUUCUCCAGAUCCUCAACACGGGCUCGCUCAAAGAGCUGAAAAGCCUGCAUCAGAUCGGCGCCAAGAAAGCCGAGCUGAUUAUGGGAUGGCGGGAAGUGCACGGCGCCUUCACCAAGCUGGAAGAUCUAAGUCAAGUCGAUGGCAUGACAGAAAAAAGAUUUUCCACAUUCAUGAAGGCGAGUAAUGUUAACCUUUUGAGUCUGAUGGCAAAGUGA